UGUAUGUGUGUGCGUGUUAGUGUAUGUGUGUGCGUGUGUGGGUAUGUGCAUCUAAGCACUUAAGUGUGAGACGUGCAAUACACCGUGAUUUGGCAAAAAGGGCUCGCGCAGCUCUGCUCUCCCGCCUCCGCCCGUCCCGGCAGUGAAAGGGUGCAUUAGGUAAUUGUUCUGUGCGCGUGGGGAUUGGCUGACAAUGGCGGGGACACACCUGCACGCACCUCCCUCCCAUCCCCUGUGGCCACCGUCUUCACACCUGCGGUCCAUCUAAGGACACCGACCUCCCGGACCCGGGCUGAGAGGAGAUACAACCAUCGCGCGCACACAACCCCACGAGCCUGUCCUGAUCCAGGAGACCCGCGAGUCAUCUGACUGCUAUACGCACGAGCCCGUCUCUGACGGUCUCCGUUCUGGACAUCGGUUAUCUGGAAAGAAACAGAAGAUGCGAUAAGAUACGCCCCCAUCGAUAAUUCGGUUCAUGUAGAGUUUCUCGCGCAGCUUCUUAAUUGCAGUCACUGAGCUGACAAGGAGUCACCGCGGUAUCCUCCCGGUAUCCUCCCGUGGGCUACUACCAUCAGAGCAGCCGUGACAAGCAUGAGGACGGCGGACGCCUGACACUUUCCCGUUUGGCUUCCUCAGUGCACUCUUUACCCCGGCAAUCCCUCGGGGCGUCAGUGUGUGUGUGUGUGUGCGUGCGACAGAGUGAGUGGGAGAGCAAGAGACUGAGAGGCGCGUUUACGUUACCUUCUCGACCGGAAUUCUGGGAGGACUCGGAAAGCACGCGCGCUCUCCCUCGCCCGAGCAACAAGACAAUAAACGCGUUAAACACAUGGACCUGAAGAGUUGGCCGGAGGAGUAGAGACACACACACACAUACACUACCUUACUCACUCACACUGACACAUCCUAACACACACCAAAACACUCGCACACACACACACAGAGAAACCACCAGAGCAAGCUCAAGUGACAGCGAAAUUAAACAGUCAUGUAUUUGAACCGUGAGGAGGAGAGCACUAAAGGCUCUGUGUCUCUCAGUGUGUUCUUGGUGUCGAUGGCGGUGACGGUGUGUGCUGUUUGGUUGGUGGCGUUAUGUGGAGUCUGUGGAUGGUGUCAGCGCAAACUGGGGAAGAGGAACAAGCCAGGCGUGGAGGCGGUAGAAACUCCAGACUCUCUUCGCGGAAGCCGCGGGGAGAAGAAAGCCAUCAAUAGGAACAUGGGGAAUAAACCAGGAAACAGCCCUAAGGGGACCAAUGACGUGGACGGCCACUCCUCAGUCUCUGACCUCGCCAACUCACUCACCGGAGACAUGGUGAUGCUAUCUCCGGGCUCAGAGGAGGACGACCACGAGGGUCCGGUGAACGAGAAGCUGGGUCGGAUCCAGUUCAGCGUGGGCUACAGCUUCGCCGAGUCCAACCUCACCGUCAAGAUCCUGAAGGGCCAGGACCUGCCGGCCAAAGACUUCUCCGGGACCUCCGACCCCUUUGUGAAGAUAUACCUGCUGCCCGACAAGAAGAACCGGCUGGAGACCAAGGUCAAGCACAAGAACCUCAACCCCCACUGGAACGAGACCUUCCUGUUCGAGGGCUUCCCGUUUGAGAAGGUUCGGGAGCGGACUCUGUACCUGCAGGUGCUGGACUUUGACCGCUUCAGCCGAAACGACCCGAUCGGGGAGGUGUCCAUCCCCCUCAACAAGGUGGACCUGGCCCACAUGCAGACCUUCUGGAAGGAGCUGAAGCCAUGCAGCGACGGCAGCGCUGGACGUGGGGAUCUGUUACUCUCCCUCUGUUACAAUCCAACUGCCAACACCAUCACUGUCAACAUCAUCAAAGCUCGCAACCUCAAAGCCAUGGACAUCGGAGGAACCUCAGACCCGUAUGUGAAGCUGUGGCUGAUGCAUAAGGACAAGCGUGUGGAGAAGAAGAAGACGGUGACCAUCAAACGCUGCCUGAACCCCAUCUUCAACGAGUCCUUCCCCUUCGAGGUGCCCGCACACAUGCUGCGGGAGACCACCAUCAUCAUCACCGUCAUGGACAAGGACAAGUUCAGCCGCAACGACGUCAUCGGGAAGAUCUAUCUCUCGUGGAAGAGCGGUCCAGCGGAGGUGAAGCACUGGAAGGACAUGAUGAGUCGACCGCGCACCAACGUGGCCCAGUGGCACGCCCUCAAGGCCUGAACACGCCCCCUUACCUCACCUUUGACCCCCUGUCGCCCCGCCCCCAGACCCCCAUCGCCCCGCCCCCAGCCCCGCCCCGUCACCUUUGACCCCGCGCCCCGUCCUUAUGCACAACACUGAGGUGCGCUGCCAGGCUGCGUAACACGGGUACUAAAAGCCAUCUGCCCUGCCAACUUACCCCCAGAGAUGAGCAAUCGCUCUCUCUCUCUCUCUCUCUCUCUCUCUCUCUCUAUCUCUCUCUCUUACUUUAGCCCUCUUUAUCUCCUCUCUUCCUCUCUCGUUCCUCUUCAUCAUCACCCUGUUGCCCAGGUUUUUCAGUUUGAGAGCCUUGGUGAUCUGUCUGCACAUGCAGACACACACACACACACACACACACACACACACACACACACACACACACAGGUGGUUAAGUGCUAUGAGUUUGGCAGAACCCAACGCUCUCAGUCAUCCUCCUCCUCCACUCCCUGAGUGACAUCAUCAGGACCAUGGAGAGCUCCUCUGUGGAGGCCCAGCUGGAGAGGAAGCUACGAGGAGCAGCAGGCCGUCACCAGACGCUCUCUCUCUCCUUCUCUCCUUCUCUUUUCUCUCUUCCCUCUCUUUAUCUGUUUUAGUUCUUUCUCUUCACUAUCUCUGGCACAAUAGUAGAUGUAGUUAAUGCCCCUCUCGUUGUGUGUGUGUGUGUGUGUGUGUGUGUGUGUGUGUGUCGUCGUUGGUGCCGUGCUGUAGCUCCAAACGGAUAAAUAAAUAAAUGAAUAAAUAAAUAUACAUUUUUUUGAACUUCACAAACUGAGCUGAACUGAACUGACGGAGGAAAGAGAGGAGUCGCUCCCUCCCUCCCUCCCUCGCUAGCUGCGGACACAGUGUCAUCAGGAAGAAGAGUCAAGGGAAGGAGAGAACACAAGAUGGAGAGAAAUGCCAUUUUUUUGCGGAUAAAAAGAAAGACAGUCAAAGAAACCAAUCAAGAUGUUCUUCCAAACAUGCCAUGAAAAAAGAAGCAAAAAGUGAGUUUGAUGAGCAGUGUGUGUGUGUGUGUGUGUGUGUUUUAAAAGCUACCCCAUCUUAAAGAAGCAAUUUCCCAUGAAGUCAGUGUGUGUAUAUUCUCAUGCUUGAGGGUGUGUGAGGGUGUGUGUGUGUGUGUGUGUGUAUCAGUGCAUGGGUGGAUCCAGAAGCGCUCCGGACUUCUCCUCCUCUCCUCUGGGUCCACCUCUCCUCUCCUCCCUCUGUUUCUCUCUCUUCCUCUCUCUCCUCUUUCGUUCUCUCCCUUUCUGAGACCUCGUGCAGAGAAGAGAGCCGGAGCUGAGUUCCAACUGCACUUUUUUUCAAGCAAUGUAAUAAUGAGGACAAUAAUAACGCUCACGGGUCACUGCUCACGGUCACGACAGCCAGUGAGGAUGAUGAAGUCACUGCUCACGGUCACGACAGCCAGUGAGGAUGAUGAAGUCACUGCUCACGGUCACGACAGCCAGUGAGGAGGAUGAACACUGUUUUACAUUUGAACAGAGGGGGCGCCAGAGAGGCCGCGGGGCAGAGAUGGAGCGCUUGGUGAAAAGGGGCAGGUCGUCCUGGAGACCCGAUUGGGAGGACGGAGGAGAGGAUGGAGGAGAACCAGGAAUAUGAGGAGAACCAAGAAUGAG